AAUUUGUCCAACUGUUCAAAGUGUUGGUCAACCAUGGCCAUUACCACAAAAAUACCAGCCAACUUCGACAGUUCUUCAGUUAGAUGCAGAAAAUUUUAAAUUUUUGAGUGUCGGUGAAAUAGAUUGCGAUAUCUUGAGAAAUGCCUAUCAACGAUAUUACUCCUUGACAUUUGGUGGAUUUAAAAAAUUCGGCAAGUCAUAUUCUAAAUGGGAUAAAACAAUGAAUGUGCUUGAAAUGGCUGUCAAGACACCAUGCAGUGGCUCAAUCUAUCCUAAUUUUCAAUCUGAUGAAUCUUACAGUCUAAUUGUUUCUCCUGGCUCAUCUCGCAUUGAAUCUAAAGAAGUAUGGGGAGCACUUAGAGGUCUAGAAACUUUCAGCCAGCUUGUUUAUCGAUUAGACUCAGGCGCAUUUGCUGUCAACCAAUCUGUUGUAGUGGAUGCUCAAAGGUUCCCACACAGAGGACUCCUACUAGAUACGUCCAGACACUUCAUUUCUAAACAUUACAUCUUAAAAACUCUAGAUGCUAUGGCACAAAAUAAGUACAAUGUAUUUCAUUGGCACAUUGUGGAUGACCCAUCUUUUCCAUACGUCAGCCAGACUUUUCCAAAUCUCAGUUUGAAGGGUGCAUAUAAUGCCAACACUCAUGUUUACACACCUAAAGAUGUUUCAGGUGUCAUUGAAUAUGCAAGAAUUCUGGGGAUCCGUGUCCUUGUUGAAUUUGACACUCCUGGUCACACUGAAUCCUGGGGAAAAGGUCACGAUAACCUGCUAACAGAGUGCUACUCAAAAGGCAAGUUUAAUGGAAAUUAUGGACCAAUCAACCCAGCUUUGGAAUCAUCAUUUACAUUCCUGUCAGCUUUCUUUAAGGAGAUCAGCCAGACAUUUAAAGAUCACUACAUUCAUUUGGGUGGAGAUGAAGUCAGCUUUGAUUGCUGGAGCACCAACCCAGAUGUGAAGAAGUUCAUGUUAAGCAUGAAUUUUACUUAGUUUGAACAGUUGGAAGAGUAUUACAUGCAAAGACUUUUGGAUAUAGUUGGCAGUCUUCAGAAAGGUUACAUGGUCUGGCAGGAAGUAGUUGACAAUGGGGUCAAAAUGAAUGAGGACACUAUUGUUCAUGUUUGGAAAGAUGGCUGGCAAGAUGAGAUGAGCAAAGUCACAAAGCUGGGCUAUCAGACAUUGUUGUCAUCAUGCUGGUAUCUGAAUGAUAUACAUUAUGGCAGUGACUGGGUUGAUAAUUACAACUGUGAGCCACUCAAAUUCAAUGGUACUGACAAGCUAAAGUCUCUAGUAGUUGGAGGAGAAGCCUGUAUGUGGGGAGAGUAUGUAGAUGAUACUGUUGUACUGUCUAGAGUUUGGCCAAGUGCUUCAGUUGUUGCAGAGAGACUUUGGAGUCCAGUUGAAGUGAAUGAAUUUCAAGCAGCUCUUCCUCGGCUGUCAGAACACAGAUGCAGAAUGAUAAGACGAGGUUUCCCUGCCGAAGAAAUCAAUGGACCUGGAUUUUGUGAAACAGAGUUCAAAGACUACUAGCUCGAUUUUAAAAUUUUAAUGUCAACCUUUAUUUUAGCUUCAAAAUAUUUAAACAAAUGUGUCAAAAAAAAGAGAAGAAAAUUGUAGUAGAGAAUUAUGUUUUCUGGACUUUAGAAACAAAGUAAUAUGCUCCAAUGUUGAUUUACAGUUGAGUUUUGUAAAUAGUAACAACAAAUGCUUGAAAAUAUGUAUAUUAUUUUAUUAUAUACAUUUGUAUUGUUGCUUCUGCUUCGUAGCGGUAUUAAGACUUACUUACAUUUGAAAAAACCAGUCACAUGAUGAAGAACAAACCUGAACUUUUGUCAUUUUCUGCAAUCAUUUUGCCUUCUGCUAUUUUUUUUUUCCCCAACGAAAUUGGUUGUUACUUAGCCUCAUUAGAAAUAUAUUUUUUAGAUCCAUGUUUCUUAAACUAUUGUUCAUCUUAUGCACUUCUCUUGAAGUUGCUUCUUAAUAAAUGUCUGGUUUUGUCUCUGUUAUCACAUUUGUGUGGAGUGGAUUUUUUUUUUAAACAGCUUUUGAUAUUGCGUUUAUUAUUCUUACUUUCAAAGAUCUGAUACUAUUGUAUAAUAUUUGUUAUAUAAGUUUUAUAGAAGAAAACUUGAGUUUAAUGAUAUUUUACAAAUGUUGUGAUAUUAUUUUAUGUUUGUUACUUUUUAAACAAUUAAUUAGACUUGCACAUUUAGCAUACCAUAUCUAUAAUUUUUUAUUACAGAAUCUGUAUUUUUUUAAAUUUUAUCUACACUUUUAGAUUAAAUCAUUCUACACUUUUUAAAAAUGUUGUAUUUAUUUUACACUUUUUCACUGAACCUUAAAAUUGGGAUGCUGUAUUGAUGUGGAUAACUUAGUUUGUCCACUUACCUUGAUCAAAAUCCAUUUGCAUUAGGUUAUCAAAAAAACUCUCUUCCUUUUCAUAUACAGGUGGGCAACAACAUGAGGAUAAUUUUAUUCAUUUUAUAUUUUAUAUUACUUUAGCUCAAUCAUUCAAAAUUGUUUUCUAAAAGUAAUUUUUUUUAAAUUGUAUUUAUAUUUACAUUCCUCAUUUUGCUGAAUUUAGCAAUUGAUAAUUGUUGGUAUUGUUAUUAGUUACUGCAGUAUAUUUACUAUAGUAAGAGUAACAUGCAAAAUACUCAGUUUAGAAUGAUUUGUAAAUGUAUUAGAGAUGAGUUUAUUAGCUGUUGUUGCAAUUCAGUUAUAUUUUUACAAAAUUAUUACUAUACAUUUUUUUUUCAAAUUACAUGCAGAAAAUGGUAAAGAAUAUAUGACAUCACAACUGGAAAGACACUUAGACAACUAAAUCUCAGCUUGGAAGCUAAAAGUUGAUAGAUUUCUUUUCACUGUCAAUCUAUAUCUCCUUUUUUUUUUAACUUGGUUUAAAUUAUCUGUAAGUAUUGGUUUCCUGGAGCUAAGAAAGCUGAUGCAAAAUAUUUAUUUUUGUUUCAUUCUUGUUAAAUAUAGAUCUAUAUGUGCUAUAUUUUCAUCUUCUUUAAAUGUUUCUAUUUUUUGUUAUUUGCAUUUCCAUUAUUUUUAUUUUCCAUUUGAUGUAUUUAGUAUAACUCUAGAUUUUUGUGUGCUAUCCUUAGAGAUUACAUUGUUUGUGUAUUUGGGAUUCUCACAAUAAAAGUAAAUCAAAGUAA